AUGUAUCUUCCUUCUGAGAAGCGCAAACGAUUGUUGAGAUCAAGUCCUAUUUUAAAACUCAACCCGAUCCUAGACCCAGAAGGUAUUUUGAGAGCCGAAAGCAGAAUUGGUUCGGACGCGCUCUACUAUCCGUACAACUUUCGUAAUCCGAUAAUUUUGCCGAAGAGCCACCAUGUUACGGAGCUACUUCUGAUGAAGUAUCAUCAACGCUUCGGACAUGCCAAUUCACAAACAGUCCUGAAUGAAAUACAACAAAAGUUCUAUGUGCAAAACCUUCGUACUCUUGUGAAAUCCGUGGUCAGAAAAUGUAUGUGGUGCAGAGUUUAUCGGGCCAAGCCAGCUGUACCAAAAAUGGCCCCGCUACCUCACCCCCGAAUUCGUCCAUAUGUACGGCCUUUUACGUUCACCGGGGUCGAUUACUUCGGACCCUUAGUAGUCAAGCGUGGUCGUAGUAAUGUCAAACGUUGGGUGUGUCUGUUCACGUGCUUGACAGUACGCGCCAUCCAUUUAGAAGUCGCUCACUCAUUGUCAACCGAAUCGUGCAUCCGAGCCAUUCGUCGCUUCGUCGCCAAGAGAGGACCGCCACAGCAUAUCUUUAGCGACAAUGGCACGAAUUUUCGAGGUGCUGCCAACGAGCUCGCAACGCAGAUGAAAGCCAUCAAUAAGGAGGCCGCCAGAACGUUCACCAACGCAGAAACCGAGUGGCACUUCAACCCGCCUUCCACCCCCCACAUGGGUGGGGUGUGGGAAAGAAAAGUCCGUUCAGUGAAGGAUGCCUUUAAGGUAGUUGCACCACGGAAUCGAUUAGACGACGAAGAACUCUUAACGUUUCUGGCUGAGGUCGAGAUCAUCGUCAAUUCGCAUCCUCUUACAUUUGUGCCACUGGACUCUCCGAAUGAUCCUGUACUUACUCCUAAUUGUUUCCUGCUUAUGACAUCGAGUGGUUCCUGUGCACCGAAGGUGGAAAUUGGUUCGACGAGUAACCUGAAAGCUAAUUGGAGAACGAUGGAAGAAAUUUUAAAUCAAUUUUGGAAACGCUGGAUCGAGGGCUAUCUACCAACAAUAGCAAGGCGGACCAAAUGGUACCAUGAUGUUCGACCGUUGCAGGAAGGAGACCUUGUUGUAAUCGUGGACGAGACCGUGAGGAACGGAUGGUUACGAGGGCGUGUAAGCCGUUCUUAUCCAGGAUCUGAUGGGCAAGUUAGGAGAGUAGACAUAGAAACUAGCUCAGGUGUAUUACAGCGAGGAGUUGCCAAGGUAGCACUGUUAGAUCUAGAUGUGACAGGUAAAACCUACUAG